AUGGCUUCCGUCGCGAACCCGCCAAACCGGAAGCGCACCCGGCCAUCCAACGCGUCCAACAACACGUCCCGACGACAAGCUGCCGACGAUGCCUCCCGGCCUCUGAAGCGCAGCCGGCCCAGCAACAGCGCCGCCGCUGCGGCGAACACCGCAUCGAACUCGCGAUCCUCUGCGGCCGCGCUUCUCCGGGGACCAAACCCCAACGUCGCGAGGAACCGCAUCGGCGGCGGCCAGGAGGCAUCGUCCCGGCCGUCUCUCCAAGACGUGACGCCGUCGCAGAUUCAGAACAAGCCGCCGCCACCCAGACGACGAAGUGGCCAGACGAAACCGAUCCAGGAGUCUUCACCUGACGAACAGCCAGUUGCACGGUCACGGAGGCGCGUUGGCGAGGAACAAGACGAGGAAGAGGAAGGUGGCGAAGCAUCCGACGUCGACGACCAAGACGAAGACGAAGACGUCCCGCCCUCGCCAGAGAAGCCGUUUGCCCACGUCGCGCCGUUUACGCGGCGCGUUCGGCAGUCCACCAUCGAGACGAAAUGGAGUCCCCUCGGGCGCGGCUCCCUCAAGGCGCUGACCUCGAUCCUGCAGCUCGCGCACCGCCCCAUCCUGCAGCGCCUCGCCCAAUCCUCCGAGUCGCGGCGCGCGCCCACCGAGGCCGCGCUGCGGCUCAUCACCAAGCGCGUCCUCGACAAGGUCCGCGGCGUGGAGGCGCGCGGCAUCGCGCCGCUGCCCUUCCCGCCGGCCUCGCUGCCGACGCGCACGCAGCGCGGGCGCCCGCGCGGCGGCCGCGCCGAGCAGGACGGCGGCCGCGAGACGGAGCUCAACUUUGAGAGCGUCCUCGACGCCAAGCAGACGCUGGAGCGGCAGCUCGAUCCCGUGCUGCACGCGGUGGACCUGCUGAGCGCCGAGACGAGGCGCGUCGAGGAGGAGCUCGAGGAGGACUACGAGAAGCUGAGGCUGCUCGAGGCCGAGGUGCGGACGCGGGCGAGGGAGAACCGAAGCCUGCUGAAAAAGGCACACGUGCUGGCGCCAGAAAGUGCGAGUACGACGGGUGGCAUGAGCAGUGCGGAGGAAGGCGGCGUCAAGUUUGAAAAGACGGCGCUGAAUCCGUUUCAGAGUAUCGAGGACGACGAGAUACGCGACAUGAUCAGCACGCUGGGCGGCCAUGUCGACAGGAUCCAGAGCAACACGGCGCAAACGGCCGGCGUUGGCGAUCAGAUCGAGCGGACGAGGGCGGCGCUGCAGGCGGUGCUGGCCAGAAAGCUGGGCGCACAGACAUACGAGCACGUUGUCCUCGGACGAUGA